AUGAAACCAACAAGUAGACUUGUUUAUGAAGAAACAACCACAAGAGUCCGUGUAAAUAAAACUCUUUAUUCUAAAUUAAAUGCCCUCAGAAAACAGUUAGGUAAUUUAACUCUUAACCAAUUAAUUGAACUUCUUUAUCAUGAUUUCAAUGAAAAUAUUUUACAUCAUCACGUCUGUACUCAUCUUCAACAUUUAUGUUGCAGUGAAGAUCACAAAUGUGUUCCACAAUGUAAUUGUUAUAAAACUGGAAGGUGUAUAAUUUCUUGUCCUUGUUAUUGUACUUGUUAUUAUUUCACUGAGAGCAUUGCAAAUCUUUAUCCAUGUCAAUGUUCUAAAGAUCAUUGUUGUUGUAAUCAUACUUCAUGUAUUCCUGGACACUGUGGAUGUCAUGAAGGUUGUUGGUGUUGGAAACAUGCCAACCAAUUAGAAAAUGAAGGUUAUAAAACAACUAAAUACUCUGAAGAAGUAAAACAUAAAUUAACAACGAUAUAUCAAAAUGAGACUUCACAACUUUUUAUUAAAAAAUUAUAA